AUUCGAUGUAAGGUCUCGCGAUGUUUGAUAGUUCAGAGCUUCUGGAGAAAAAGGACUUGACACACGUCAACAAAUAAGAUAAAUUAAUAUUAGUUGGCAACACAGGCAUGCCAAGGUGUGCCAUUGUAGAAUAGGCUGACCCCUCGCUGCACCUUCAGGUCCUCUGCUGUCUCCAUGACCACCCCUCCCAUAGUGGCGUUCGCCGGGCAGCAGGCUCAGGCUGCUCGUGAUGUCAACACGGCGUCGCUCUGUCGCAUCGGCCAGGAGACGGUGCAGGAUAUCGUCUUACGCACCAUGGAGAUCUUCCAGCUGUUGAGGAACAUGCAGCUGCCAAAUGGAGUGACGUACCACCCCAACACCCACCAGGACAGACUGGGCAAACUGCAGGAGCACCUGCGUAUGCUCUCUGUACUCUUCCGCAAGCUGCGCCUCGUCUACGACAAAUGCAACGAAAACUGCACCGGUCUGGACUCUGUACCCCCAGAGCAACUCAUCCCCUAUGUGGAGGACGACAGCUCCAAACACGAUGAACGCUUGGCCAGCCAGGCCCAUCCGGCAACAGAGGAGAGGAGGGAAAUCCUGGAGGUUAACAAGAAGCUCAAACAGAAGAACCAACAGCUGAAGCAGAUAAUGGACCAGCUCAGAAACCUCAUCUGGGAGAUAAACUCCAUGCUGGCUGUUAGGAGUUGAACAGCAAACACGGCGACACACAGGCGCAGGCGGGCGCGCGCGCACACACACACACACACACACACACACAGACUGGAAGACAUGGUUGUUAACUGGAUAUCUGACAGGCUCCCUCUGAGGCUGUACUUUAGAAAUGCGGGCUUUCACAAUAUCCCACCCUCAGUCCCACAAGAAGAGCUGGGAGAGAAGAAGAGGGAGGAAGAAAGCAAAGAAGAAUGGAGAGAAGUCGUGCGAUGGGGAAAUGCUGAUAUACACUGACCGGCCAAUUUAUUUAGUAACGGGUCGGACCCCCCUUUGCCUCCAGAACAGCCUGAAUUCUUCAGUGUAUUCUACAAGGUUGCUGCAGAUUGAAUGGCGGUACAUUCAUGCUGUGAACAGCCCGUUCCAUCUCAUCCCAAGGAUGCUCUAUUGGGUUGAGGUCUGGGGACUG